GCAGAUGAAAAGGGUGCCGUAUAUCAUUUCAAACACUUUCUGUCCAUAGAUCUAGUCAUUCAAGACUUCCCUGUUGCUUUUUCCAUUUACCAGAGUGUGUUUGCGAGUUGGACUAGAAGAGAUGGAGAAACAAAGAAUUUGUGUAACUGGUGCUGGGGGUUUUCUCGCUUCUUGGGUUGUCAAGUUUCUCCUCGCCAAGGGCUACACAGUCCAUGGAACUGUUCGAGACCCAAGUGAUGAAAAGUAUGCUCAUUUGACGAAUUUGGAGAACGCUGCAGAGAACUUGCAGCUCUUCAAGGCUGACUUACUGGACUACAAGAGUCUCUGUGCUGCUAUUGCAGGAUGCACUGGAGUGUUCCAUGUUGCAAGUCCUGUUCCUUCGGGUUCUGUGCCCAAUCCCGAGGUUGAACUGAUUGAGCCAGCUUUGACGGGUACAUGUAAUGUACUUAAAGCAUGCACUGAGGCAAAAAUUAAGAGGGUGGUGGUUGUGUCAUCUGUUGCCGCUGUUAUGAUGAUUCCGAACUGGCCCAAGGGUCAACCCAUGGAUGAGUCAUGUUGGUCGGACAAGGAAUUUUGUAAAAAAAAUGAGCACUUUUAUUGCAUCUCCAAAACAGAAGCAGAAAGCAAGGCUUGGGAAUAUGCAAAGAAGAAUGGUCUCGAUAUGGUAACAGUUUGUCCAUCAAUUAUUAUCGGGCCAAUGUUGCAGUCUUCAAUGAAUGCUAGUAGCUUAUUUCUCAUCAAGCUUUUGAAAGAAGGAAUUGAAGAAAUGGCAAAUAAUCAACGGGGGGCAGUAGAUGUGCGUGAUGUGGCUGAUGCAAUAUUGCUGGCAUAUGAGAAGCCUGAAGCAGAAGGGAGAUAUAUAUGUUCUGCAUAUAGGGUUAGAAUGCAGGAGUUGAUCGAUCAGCUCAAGACUAUGUAUCCCAACUAUAAUUACCCCAAGAAGGUCAAGGAAGGAGAAGACCAACCCACCCUGUGUUGUGAAAAACUGGAGAAGUUGGGAUGGAAAUACAUGACACUAGAAGAAAGCCUCGUUGACUCCGUGAAAAGCUACCAGGAGAAGGGUAUCUUGCACUGAGGUACAUGUGUUUAGCUUUCUAUAUGCGUCCAUUGAAAGGAUUACUCGUGUAGUUUCUCUGUAACAGAAUGUUAUAUGUAAUAAUAAUAAUGUUUUGUACAAACUAAUUCUCUCUUUGAUGUAUUCCUGUUUUCAAGUUUCUGACAAACUAGGUAAACUGGUGCUGCCUUAGUGAUAGAUUCGAGUUGGAUUGAAUGAAUCGACUAUUUGAGGGUAUAACCGUUUUACGUCUGAGUGUAUUACUGGUUAUCUAAAUCUCACUUUGCCAAUAAACAAGGAUGAUUCUUUUC